AAAUAGUCGAGCCUAGCGGGGGAGUGGACACAAUUUUAUUCUCCUAGAUCGGUAUGGUCAGGUUAUAGAAUUUUACUUCGUUUCAGUCCUUCCAUACAGAUGGUAGUGUUAAUGUGACCCCGGCUUUUGAAUGAACUGUUGUCCUUAUCAGUGAUUUUUUUUUAAGCGAUAUACUCAUUAGUGUGUGAUUCCAGAUUUGUUUGUAUUGGAUUACAGAAAGAACUUUAGUAUUUGGAGCAUACAGUGAAAUGAGAGGUGGUGUUUCUUACGAGAUGACAUCGACUUGUGUGCAAGGAGGAAUUCGUCCUUUGGCAGGAUAUCAACCCAAUAUGCUGAUGGAACCUUCAUCACCAGCUUCAGCUUGGCAAUACUCUGUAAUACCAAAACGAGAACCCAUCGACCACGAGGAUAGAAACGACUCAGGUAUGGGCUCCGGGGGUGACUUCGCCUCUUCAUCACCAGGAAGCGAGUGUGACAACUUCAACAUCCCUUACUCCUCCCCUACUACUUCCCAGAUGGAUGUAACAGUCCACCAUCCAGCCUACUUCUCUACUCCAAUGACGCGACCGAGUCAGUCCCUCUACGCCCAUCAGCAUCAGAAUAUAGAUCAGAUGAGGUACAACAACGAUCACCACAACCCGUUGACUCCCCCGAGCUCAGAACCACUAGCAUCUCCCAAUAGCCGGCUCGACACCAAAACUGAUGGUUCCGAGCACCAUACUACCCUCACCCCAUGUGCAUCACCAGCCGAAGGAAAUGCCAACAAUUUCACAGAGCAUGAAGAUCCCUUGAGGCGACUACAAAUGUCCCUGGAAAAAAAUGGGUUCCUUCCCCCUGCACUGUCUCCGAAAUUCAGCGAAUGUUCCGGCGAAGAUGACAAUAAAUCUGACAACGACAUAGAUGAGUAUGACGAACAAGGCUUGAAGAUCCCCAAAGUCAAUUCCCAUGGCAAAGUAAAGACUUUCAAAUGCAAGCAGUGUGAUUUCGUAGCCAUCACAAAACUGGACUUCUGGGAACACAAUAAGGGGCAUAUAAAAGCUGACAAGCUGCUCACUUGUCCCAAGUGUCCUUUCGUGACAGAAUACAAACAUCACCUGGAGUACCAUCUACGCAACCAUUUCGGAUCCAAACCGUUCAAGUGCAGCCAGUGCAACUAUUCUUGCGUGAAUAAGUCAAUGCUGAACUCGCAUUUGAAGUCGCACUCGAAUGUGUAUCAGUAUCGCUGCUCAGAUUGCAGCUACGCAACCAAAUACUGUCACUCCCUGAAGCUCCACCUACGUAAGUACGGACACAAGCCCGCCAUGGUACUCAACCCAGAUGGUACUCCAAAUCCUCUGCCCAUUAUCGAUGUUUAUGGUACAAGGCGAGGUCCGAAGGUGAAGCAACAAGAACAGAAAGCUCUGGAAGAAAAUUCUCCUAAACAUGAACAGAUGUUACCAUUCCCGCUCAACCAAUUCAUGCUGAACACGCCACCUCAAAUGCAGUUACCUUUUCCUGGAUUCCCAUUCUUUGCUGGAUUUCCUGGAAGCAUUCCCAAUCCUCUCCUGCUACAAAACUUGGAGAAGUUUGCCAGAGAAAACCAGGGUGCUCAUUUGGCAUCACCGGCUGCUGAGGAUUCUUCGUUGGAAUCUAAGCAGGCGGAUAAUGAAGUCUUAGAUCUGAGUAAACCCGAAGAACCGGCUCAGAAGAAUCGACGCAAGGGCCGUGCUUUUAAACUCAAAACACAUCACGAUCAUUCUUCCGAAGGUGAGGAAGAAACUACUACCACCAUUUUCGCUAACGUGGAAGUGGUUGAAGACGAGGAGGCGAUGGAGACUUCUGCUGAAAAAGAAAAAGUUUUGAAUAACAAUAAUAAAGACGACUACAGUUGUCAGUAUUGUCAAAUACAGUUUGGAGAGCCUGUUUUGUAUACCAUGCAUAUGGGUUAUCAUGGAUACAAGAAUCCAUUCACAUGUAAUAUGUGUGGUGAAGAGUGCAAGGAUAAGGUUUCUUUCUUUUUGCACAUUGCACGUACCCCUCAUUCUUAGGGGAAAUUUCAUAAGACUGAUAAAUCAUACAUCAAUGUUGAUUCAUGAUUACCUACUGAAUAUUUUAGAUUUUAUAAUCUAGUCACGCAGAUUUUUUUUUAUUCUAGUUUGGUGUGUUUGUAAUUAUUGUGCAAUUUAUUUGUAGCAUAAGUUUUCGGAAAUGAUACGGGUAGAGACUCGGGUAGAAAUUUUGAGCGAUUGUGCCAUUUUAUGUGUAUUUAAAGACUUUAUUUAUUUGUAAAUUAUCUUAGACAGCUAUGAGUCCAAAUAUUGUUUACGAGCCUUGAAAUAAAAAAUAUUGUGAAAAUAUUUUGAUCAGAUUCCAAUUGAACAUAAUAUUUAUAAUCUAUUUGUUGUAUAAUAUUUGGGGCCACGACCUUAAGACUGACUUGUAAAUAGGUUAGACUUUUUUUUCAUAAGUAUUAGCUAGAGCAAACAAUCAAAGAUAUGUAUUAUAGAAUAUGGGUAUUAUAGAUAGUGCUUUGAGCAAUGAUAAUGAAUAAUAAAACACAUUGAAAUAUUA